GAAACUUCGCAGAUCUUAGAGGCCUAGCUAAGCGACCCUCUGCGGCUGAAACAAGUGCAAAAUAUCAUGGGUUGGGGUUGUGGUACGAGUAGAAGAGUUCUACUUCGACACUGACUGGUGUUUAUGGUGGAACACGAAAAUCUAUAAUUAUAAUUAUAAAUUAAAAUUAAAUUAAAGUGCCCUAUAUAAACACAUUCGUUUCUCUCUCGUUCUGUCUCUCUCUCAUCUGGCCUCUGUGCCUUUAUCGAGUUUUAUUGCAGAUUUUCUGGAAGACAAAUUUUCUUGAGAAAAAAGAAGUCAUAAAAAAAUCAGAUACUUUUCUGUUCCAGGAAAGAAAAUAUCUUCAUUAUAUCGAGAAACCGGCCUUUAUUCGAGUAGCCGCAUAGGUCUUUCUUGUUUAUUGGUAAUUUGCUAGACCUUCCUGUGACUCAUUGCCAAUAAAAUAAACUGAACUCACUGUGAUUUGAGGGGGUUAGCAUAUUCUUAUGAUGAUGGAUCAAGAUAAUUCUAGUGCUGAAUUACACCAGAAAAGGCAUGGGCUCUUGAAAGACCAGGUCCAAUUGGUUAAGAGAAAGGACUGUGAUCGCUAUGAGAUUUUUCCAAUUCAACAGACUUAUACAUUUGAGAAAGGAUUUUUUUUAUUUAUCCGUGCAUGCCAGUUGUUGGCCCAAAACAAUGAUGGAAUAAUACUGGUAGGAUUAGCAGGUCCUUCAGGGGCUGGGAAGACUGUUUUCACAGAGAAGGUACUCAACUUCAUGCCCAGUGUUGCUGUCAUUUCAAUGGACAACUACAAUGAUUCUAGCCGAAUUGUUGACGGCAAUUUUGAUGAUCCACGCCUGACAGAUUAUGACACACUGCUCAAGAAUGUCCAUGAUUUAAAGGCAGGAAAAUCAGCUGAGAUUCCAAUCUAUGAUUUCAAGUCUAGCUCCCGCAUUGGAUACAGGACGGUUGAGGUCCCAACUUCUCGUAUAGUGAUUAUUGAGGGAAUCUAUGCCUUGAGUGAAAAGCUGCGACCUAUGCUAGACCUUCGAGUAUCAGUGACUGGGGGAGUUCAUUUUGACCUUGUAAAACGGGUUCUACGAGACAUCCAACGUGCUGGCCAAGCACCAGAGGAAAUUAUCCAGCAGAUAUCUGAAACGGUGUAUCCAAUGUACAAAGCUUUUAUUGAGCCAGAUCUCCACACGGCACAUAUAAAAAUCAUAAACAAAUUCAACCCUUUCUCUGGAUUCCAGAGUCCUACUUACAUAUUGAAGUCGGCAAAGAAGGUGAUGGUGGAUCAGAUCAAGGCUGUCCUCUCUGAAGACCAUACAGAGACAACAGAGCAGACUUAUGAUAUAUAUCUUCUACCACCUGGUGAAGAUCCUGAAUCUUGCCAAUCAUAUCUGAGAAUGAGGAAUAAAGAUGGAAAAUACAAUCUUAUGUUUGAGGAAUGGGUAACAGAUACUCCGUUUGUUAUAUCACCAAGGAUUACUUUUGAAGUCAGCGUGCGGCUUCUUGGUGGGCUUAUGGCCUUGGGAUACACAAUAGCAACCAUCCUUAAAAGAAGCAGCCAUGUAUUCAUUAGUGAUAGAGUGUGUGUGAAAAUUGAUUGGCUAGAACAACUAAAUCGUCAGUAUGUUCAGGUUCAAGGAAGAGAUCGCUUAGUUGUGAGAUGUGUUGCAGAGCAGCUAGGUUUGGAAGGCUCAUAUGUACCACGUACCUAUAUAGAACAGAUUCAACUAGAAAAGCUUGUAGAUGAAGUUAUGGCUUUACCAGAUGAUUUGAAGACAAAACUCAGCCUAGAUAAGGAUUUGGUCUUCAGCCCCAAAGAAGCACUUCUCCGAGCCUCUGCUGAUAGGGUUGCAAUAAGAAACAAGAAUCUCAAAAGUGGUAUGUCACAUUCAUAUUCAAGUCAAAGGGACAAGAACUUAUCCAAGUUUACUGGACUUGCUGCAAAUAACCGAAGGUAUAUUGAGAGAAACCCAGAGUCAACUGCAGUGCUAGCAAACCAGGGAAUCCUCACUCAACUUUCAGAACAGAUUUCCUCACUAAAUGAUAGAAUGGAUGAGUUCACAACCCGUAUUGAAGAGCUAAAUUCCAAAUUAAACAUCAACAAAAGUUCUUCCAGCCAGCAAAACUUGGGUCUCCAAACUGAAGUAUGUAAUGGCUCUGCUCCUACGUCUUACUUCAUCUCUGGUUUAAGCAAUGGUUCCUUGACUGGAUCCAAAAUGCCUAAUUCCUCAUCUUCCUCUCAGUUGGCUAAGGAGUCACCAUUAAUGGAAGAGAUAUCUGGCAUUGUGCGGGGUCAACGGCAAGUCAUGCAUCAGUUAGAUACUUUAAGCAACCUACUACGUGAGAGUUUAGGACAGAGAUCACGGCAAGUAACGAACAGGAGAAGCAUGAUUACUGAUCUUGAAUUCACAAAAAUUGCCGUCAUUUUGUCAGUUGGUGUUUUAGGAUUCAGUAUGUUGAGAAGGAUUUUCUAAGCUCAAAAUGGGUUCGAAUAGAUUCAAAUUUUUGUUCCUACCUGCAGAAUUUUUUUCAUAUUUUUUUUCUUUAGGGUCCCUGUAAGCGUUCUGUGAUACUGCCCUUCUGCUCGGCUAAGUCAAAUGAAUUAAUCAUUGAGAAAAUUUUGUUUGGAGGUGUUGGAGGCAACUAAGUGCCUUCAUGUUUGAAAACAUUUUGUGGGAAGG